AGGUUUUCUGAAACAUAGCAGGCAUCUCGAACUCGUUUGAGCACUCAGAAAGAGCGGCGAUAGCUCCCCGAAAAACUUGUGAACAAGAAACUUUGAAAAAUACCAGCAAACUCGAGCAUGGGGGAUCUGGUCAAGCAGAACUCGAACUCCGGCAGCGAAGAGAGGAGCGGGGAGGCCUCCAGGCUCGGACUCCUGGCCCGAUUGGACCGCCUGCUCCGCCGCUGGCUGCCUGGCUACAGUUUCAUUCGCGGCAGGCGUCACUCGCCGUCGGAAACGUCGAUGAUACAGGGCUGCUCCUUCGGCAGACAGGCGGUGCGUAGGCGUGGUGGCCGGAGGAGCGACAAGCAGGAGGUGUACCUGGACACGGGCAUCGCCAAGUCGGAGUUCUGCGUCCAGCUGGAGACCUUGCUGCGCAACAAGCUGCUCAAGAAGCAGCAGGAACUGGCUCUGGCGCAUCAGGAGGGAAAUCGCGAGAAGGAGCGGGAACAGGAGCUCAACCAACCCGUCCAGCACUAGAAAAGCCCACUUAAUGAGUUGUUUUUCACUUCAAUUGAAUAUA